AGCCUCAUUACCUUUGGAGAGCUCUUCCUAGGUCCCUAUAUAAACCCUAACAUCUCUUCUAUUGGCUAUCUAAGCUCUCUCUCUCUCUCUCAUGCACCUACAACAUGAGUUUUUUUAAUUUCAGAAGCUUCACAUUUAUGCUUCUCAUUGCAUUUCUUGUUUGGUCAUCUAAUAUUAAUUCAUGUGAUGCCAGAAGAGGCAAACAUUGGAGGCAAAGUAGGAGCGCCUCGGCUUCUUUGUUCAAGAAGAAAGGAAAGUACCAUGGCAGUAGUCACCACCAAAGCAAUGGUGGUAAAGUUAAAAAGAAAACUCCAUCUCCAAAAGCACCACCACCUCUGGCUCCUGGACCAAAAGUAGGUAUACCAUCAACCCCGCCCAAGAAAGAUGAUUCUGGGGCCUCUACCGCAUUCAAUGUAUUAGAUUUUGGUGCCAAGGGCGAUGGCACUACUGAUGAUACAAAGGCAUUUCAGGAUGCAUGGGCCGCUGCUUGUAAAGUGGAGGCAUCAAUGAUCAUCGUUCCAUCAGAAUUCAUGUUCCUUGUGGGACCGAUAUCAUUCUCUGGUCCAUACUGUCAACCAAACAUUGUUUUCCAGCUUGAUGGCACAAUCAUUGCUCCAACAAGCUCUAAGCCUUGGGGUUCAGGUCUUCUACAAUGGCUUCAAUUUACAAAACUAGCAGGGAUCACAGUUAAGGGAAAUGGCAUGAUUGAUGGAAGAGGCUCAGUCUGGUGGCAGAAUUCCCCAUAUGAUGAUCCCCUAGACGAUGAAACAAAACUAGUUGUCCCAUUGAACAACACAGUGGAAGAGAACCCACAAACUUCGAUAAGCAGCUCACUUGGUGAGAAAAUGCCAAGCACAAAACCAACUGCACUGAGGUUCUACGGGAGUUUUAACGUGACAGUCACUGGCAUAACAAUUCAAAACAGUCCCCAAUGCCAUCUCAAGUUUGACAAUUGCGCAGGAGUUCUGGUAUACAAUAUGAGUGUAUCAUCUCCUGGUGACAGCCCCAAUACAGACGGAAUUCAUUUACAGAACUCUCAAGAUGUGCUAAUCCAUAGUGCCAAUCUUGCUUGUGGAGAUGACUGUGUUUCUAUACAAACUGGAUGCACAAACGUGUACAUACACAAUGUGAACUGUGGUCCUGGGCAUGGAAUCAGCAUUGGAGGGUUAGGAAAGGACGACACCAGAGCCUGUGUCUCAAAUAUCACUGUUCGAGAUAUCAAUAUGCAUAACACAUUGAAUGGAGUCAGGAUAAAGACAUGGCAGGGUGGGUCAGGGUCCGUGAAAGGGGUCCUGUUCUCAAACAUUCAAGUUUCUGAAGUACAAAUUCCGAUCAUAAUUGACCAAUUCUAUUGUGACAAAAGAAAUUGCAAAAAUCAAACAUCCGCCGUGGCUGUAUCAGGAGUCACCUAUGAGAAGAUAAGAGGAACAUACACAGUAAAACCCGUACAUUUUGCAUGUAGUGACAGCCUGCCAUGCACGGAGGUAUCACUAACUGCUAUAGAACUUGAACCACUGGAAGAACAAUACCACAUGUAUGAUCCCUUCUGUUGGGAGACAUUUGGUGAGUUGAACGGCCCUACAACCCCUCCAAUUGAUUGUCUACAGAUUGGAAAUCCAUCAAGCAACGGGAUUCAAACUGACUACAAUUCAUGUUAAGUUUAGUUAGGUAAAUUGUGGUGUAUUUAAUUGUGUGGUCAGUGCGACUUCCUGACCCCUUUCACACCAUUAGCUAGUGAGGUAAGGAAUGCAUAUUUCAGCAAUACUAGUUUUAUAGGAAUUCUUUUCAUUAGAAUUACAUGGAUUCUGUUUGCAUGAGAGUCAAAAACAUUCUUAUUAGCUAAAA